AUGACGGCGGCCCAGAGCCCUACCGAUGCGCAGGGUGCGGGUGGUGAUUAUGUCGUGGGGAAAACCUCUCAAGCUGUCAGCCUUCCAGAUGCGUGGCGGGAGCGGUUUAGUGACCUGAUUACGACUCGGCUGCGCAUGGACGGUGCAAUGCAGCAGCAGUUCAUGAAUCUCUUUUCCGCCUUCCAUCAAUCAGCCGAACUAGUUGAUUUCCCCCGUGCGCUCCCCCCUUUCCCCGCGUUCCAGACCCAUCUGCGCAUGGAUGGCGCGAUGCAGCAGCAGGGAAUGGAGCUCUUCUCCGCCUUCCAUCCGUUAGCCCAACUCAUCCUCUUCCUUCCCCGUACCCAUCUGCGCAUGGACGGCGCGAUGCAGCAGCAGGCCAUGGAGCUCUUCUCCGCCUGCUACGCGCUCCUCGCGCCCUCCCUCGCUUCCUUCGGCGCUCCCGAGUCCCCGGACGACAGCGAGCGCGCCUGGAGCGCGUGCGUGCUGUUCGUGGUGCGAAAGCUAGGCCCUGCAAAAGCAGCAGAGGAGGCGGCCGCCAGAGCAGGACAAAUCGCGCCGCCCGGGUCCUCGCGGUCGCAGUGGCCGUGGUUCACUCUGUCGGAGCUGCUGCGCGCCACCAAGCUGACAGUGGUGGAUUUCUUCAAGGAGAUCGCCAACUUCCUGCCACGUGUCAGCCCUGUGAUGCAGGCGGCGUAUGGGGACUUGUGGGAGCAGAGGCUCGAGGUGAAGGAGCUUCAAGCCAACUUCGUGCAUGCAAUCGUGCUCUUCAACCACUACAAAAAGGUUUUCGCAGAGCUCUUCAUCAGCUCUCCCCCGCCUUCCCUCCCUUCGGGCGCACCUGCUCCUCCUGCCGCCGCAGCCACCUCCCAGUUCUCCCGCGAGAUGCGCUUCGGCUGGCUGUUGUUCCUCUCCAUCAAGGCGCACCUUCUCAGAAGGUUCCCGGAUCUUGUCACCGCGACAAACGCAAUGCUGUGCACGCUGGUGGUGCUGAUAGUGCACGUUCCCCCGUCUCUCCGCCGAUUCUCCUUCUCAGACCCUGUCAGAUUCUCGCGCCGAGCAGGCCGGGAGAGGCUAGUGGACGUGGUGGGGUCGCUCUGUGCGAGCUACAAGGCAGCAGAGGGGGAGGUAUCCGCUCUCCUGGACCGCACCCAGCAGCUCAUGGCGCGCUGCCUCACGCGCCAGGCAGCCGCAGCAUCCUGCGAGCAGCACGACGCGGGGGAGCUCUGCCCCGACCGGCUGUUUCUGUUUGAGGGGUUGCUGCAGGACGCGGCUGCGCUGCCCAGUGUGGAUCUGGUGGAGGGGGCGUACCAGGAGGCGUAUGUGGAGGCGGGGGACAGGGCGCUGGAUGAGCGCAUGUUUCUGUCGGGGGAUGGGCAGGUCAUUGGGGCUGUCUCGCAGCUCACUGCUGCCACUUCUGCCAAGGCGGGGGACAGGGCGCUGGAUGAGCGGAUGUUUCUGUCAGGGGAUGGGCAGGUCAUUGGGGCUGUAUCCCAGCUCACUGCCGCCACUUCUGUUGCCGCCGCCAAGGUGAGUGGUACUGAACGGUACUGUGUGGCUCAGAGUGGGAUCUGCCACCAAAUGCUGUCGGGAGAUAGGCAGGUCAUUGGGGCCGUCUCGCAGCUCACUGCUGCCUCCACCGUUGGCGCCUUCAGCGCCCCUACAGGCGCAAUGAACGCCCCUUCCUCCCCCUUCGCCAGCGGCAUGGGCGCAGGGGGGGAGGGGCGCGGAGGGGGGAGCACCACCAUCACCAUCGCCCCCUUCUGCUCCCCCGCCCGCUCCUUCCUCACUCGCCUGGGCCCAGGGGGAAUGGGGGGGACAGGGGGAACCGGGGCAGGGGGAGGGGGAGGCGGAGGUGGGAUGGGGGUUCCCCAGACGCCUAUCUCUGCUGCCAUGUCGACAGCUCAUUGGUUGAGAACGGUGGUCUCUGCUUCCCCUGCGGAGCCUUCAUUGGAUCUGCUCCGGUUUUUGCACGCGUGUGACAAGGAUGUAACGGGCGCUGUGGUAACCAGAACGACCCUGGUUUCGCAUGAGAUCUUCUCUGCUGUCUCCCAGAAGAAACGAGCUGCCGCUGCUGCUGCAGCAGCAGGGGCGGCCGGGGGAGGAGGGGGGAAGGGAGCGGCGGGAGAGGCAGGAGGAGAGAAGAACGGAACGGGAGCGGGAGCAGGUGACGCUGGGAAGCAGGCCGACGGGGAUGCCGCAGCAGGGGGAGGCGGAGGGGGAGCGGGAGGGGGGAGCGAGCCGGCAGAGGCGGCGCUAUGGGCGGAGCAGAGGAGGCAGGAGACUGUAAAGCUCUACUACCGUGUCCUCCUCCGCAUGUGCACGUCCGAGUCCCUCCGCAUCAACUCACAGAACCUCACUCCACUCCUCGAUAACGACCGGUUCCACCGCGCGCUGCUCGCCUGCUCGGCCGAGCUAGUGCUAGCCAGCCACAAGGCGACGGCCCACGCUUUCCCUGCUGUGCUGGCCCCGGCGGGGGUGUCGGCAUUCGAUAUGGAUAAGGUUAUGGAGGGGUUUGUGAGAUAUGAAGAGGGGCUUCCUGGGGAGCUGAAGCGGCACCUGAACGCGUGUGAUGAGCGGAUACUGGAGAGUCUGGCCUGGGAGAAAGGGUCGAGUCUUCCCUUUCAGAGGGCGUCAGCAGCAGCAGCGCCGCCAGGGGAGAGCCGUUCAGAAAUGCUCUUCAACCAAUUCUGCCAAAAGGUGCUCAAGCUAGCAGUGGUGCGAGUGCGCAGCCUGUGUGAGCGCCUGAGGUUGACAGCAGCAGUGUCGGAGAUGGUGUUUCGCGUGGUGGAGCAUGCCGUGGAGGGCGAGGUGCAGCUGCUCUUCUGCCGCCACCUCGACCAAAUCAUUCUCUCCUCUGUUUACGGGGUCUGCAAGGUGUCGCAAGUUGCAGUUACGUUCAAGGACAUCAUCGCGCAGUACCGCAAGUUACCGCACUGCAAACCUUCGGUCUUCAGAAACGUGUUCAUUGACGCCAAGCCACCCCCUGCUGACUCUGCCUCCAAAGAGCCCAUCCCCCAGCACGGAUACAUCAUUCGAUUCUACAAUGAGAUCUUCAUCCCGGCAGCGAAGUCCUUCCUGCUGCACCUCGGGCUCGGCGCCUCCUCUCCUUUGCAGCACACUCAUUUUGUGCCCUUCCCUUGCUACCUCUAUCCCUCUCUCUCCUCCCUCCCUCUCUCUCCUCCCUCCUUCACACCAGCCCAUCCCCCAGCAUGGAGACAUCAUUCGCCCAUCCCCCAGCACGGAGACAUCAUCCGGUUCUAUAAUGAAAUCUUCGUCCCGGCCACCAAGUCCUUCCUGCUGCACCUCGGUCACGGGGCCUCCACAGCAGGGGGAGCAGCAGGGGGGGCGGGGGAGAGGGGCGGGGGGCACGGGGGGAGCAUGUUCAGGAGCCCACUGGUGCACUCGUCACCGGCUCUGGCGCACUUUCAGCAGCACCAGCAGUCACCGUCAUCUGUUCCAGGCGCCUCCCCCCGCCGUGUGUCCUCUCGGCAUAAUGUCUACGUGUCCCCACUGCCCACCUCUAGGAUGGAGGCUCUGUUGGCCUCCCCGCAUCGCCAGCUGUCAGCGCAGCUAUCCACGCAGCUGCUGGGAGGGGGCCUUUCUGCUGACCCCUUCGUUUCCAUCCCCUUCUCCCACCCCUUUCUCCCCUCAUCGCCACUCCUCGUUCACCAGAUGGAGGCUCUGUUGGCCUCCCCUCACCGCCAGCUGUCAGCGCAGCUGUCCACGCAGCUGCUGGGAGGGGGCCUUUCCGCUGACCCCUUUGCAAGUCCAUCCAGGCACAUUGCGGCCAUCAACCAGCGCAUCAGCAGCAGCAGGUGA